GAGGCGGAGGCGGAAGCAGGGGCGCAGGAGGAAGUGGAAGCGGCGACGGAGGCGGGCGCCGGGCGCUCGCUGGGCUCCCUCGUCACCUGGUGCGAGGACGUGCUGCGGUUCACGUUCGCAAGGCGCAGAGUGGUUGAGGCGGUGUGCCCCGACUCGGUGCCCCUCUCUCACCUGUCGACCUGCUCCCCAUCCUCCGCUCCAGCGCCCACCGAGGCGGAUGACCGAGUUGAAGACGCUGCCAAGGACGCUGCAAGCGAGCACUGGCGUGCGAUGACAUCACCACGCGAGCGCGCCGGAGAGUCGGCGCGCAGACACGACUUGGCCGCCGCCAACCCCCAGCCGGCGGCUGCGGUCGACCAGCAGGUUAGGAAGGUAGGAAUGCCCAUCAACGACUGA